UAAACCGGAAUUCGGCGUUGCCAGAGCAACAGAGGCGUCCAAUAUUUACCUGACAGUAUACUAUAUGCAAGUUUAAAUUGUCGCAAUGUCCGACGAAGAACUAGAAGAACUAGGUGAUGUCGGUGAAAACGCCGAAGAGGAAAAAAUAGAAGAUGAGGAAUUGGGAGAAGAAGAGGACAUUCAAGGAGAUGAAGAAGAUCAUGUUGAGGAAGAAAAAAUUCCACCUAACCCAUUGACAGCAGAGCUUGUUGCUGAAAGUUUAUCUUUGCUGUGUAAAACUGGUGAUGGAUUAGCUCAUGCCUUUGUCAAAUUAGAUAUUCAUGAAAGAGACCUGACAGAUAUUGAAAUACUACAGUCAUUCAUACACUUGCGAUACAUUGAUAUCAGCAAAAACAUGUUGAAAGACAUCUCCCCACUUAGUGCAGUUACACACCUGCUAACACUAAAAGCAGAUGAGAAUUUACUAACUACAAUCAGACUGGAGGAGAUGCCAUAUUUGCAGGUAGCCAGUUUUAGUCACAAUAAAUUAACUACAAUGGAAGGUAUAAAUCAUCCCAUGCUUGAACACUUAAAUCUAAACAAAAAUUUAAUUCAGAGUGUGUCAGGGCUGAACAGUUCUAAAUUAACAAGACUCCACACGCUAGAAAUAAGAGGGAACAAGCUAGAAACAUUAGAAGGACUUUGCCUGCCAAACAUAAAAAAUUUAUUUGCUGCAGCCAAUCUACUUAAGAAGAUUGAAGGAAUGUCCCGCCUUCCAACUUUAACCACACUUCAUCUUCGAGACAACCAGAUAGACAGCUUGGAUGGCUUUUCGGAAGAUCAAAAAACAUUGCAGUACAUAAACCUUAGAGGGAAUGCCAUUGCAUCAGUCAAAGAAUCAGCCAAGUUAAAAGUUCUUCCAAUGUUGAGAGCUUUAGUUCUUUCAGAUAACCCAUGUGCAGAAGAAGAUGAUUACAGAUUGGAGACAUUAAUUGCCAUCCGAACCCUUGAAAGAUUGGACAAAGAUGAAUACACCCCAGAGGAGAGGACAGAGGCAGAAGAAAUAGCUGAACAAAGACGACAUGAUGAGGAGGAAAAAGCCAUACUGGAAGCUCAAAUUAUGGAAGAAAUUGAAAUGACAGAAAAGACAUUUAAGGAAGAUUUUGAAAAUGCAGAAGAUUAUGAAGCUUCUGAGGGAGAAGACUCAGAAGCUGGACCAAAUCCUGAAGAAUCCACAGAGGAGAAGUAUUAAUCAUUUACAAAUUUAGAUCAUGCAAGGAAGAGUUCAUUUUAACUUGAAGAGAUAUUUUGGUUGUAAGCAUGAACUGAACAGAUCAGAUGGGUAUCACAAUACUUUCCAUUGAAAUAUGAUUGUAAUAAUCUCUAAGUGCUGACUUUGCGGCCUCCUUGUGAUGACAACAAUUUUUACUUUGUUGAAGUAAAAUCAUGAUCAAUGGAUAGCUUUGUAAUUAACAAUUUAUGUAUUAGUAAGCUGAUUAUAUUUUGGACUUACUAUAGUAAUGUUAUUUCUAUUUAAACAUUACAUUAAAAUUACAUUUUAUUUUAAAAUG